GCUCUCCCAGUCGGUCCAAUGUACGCGGUGAAGCCGUGGGGCCAUGUGAUCCUCGUGGGGAGCUGCAUCGGUACUUACGCGAUGGGGAUCGGCAUGCGAUGGCGAGAGUCGAACGUGACCGUGGUGGAGCAGAAAGCGAACCCGUCGUACGAGGCGAAUGGGAUGCGCCGCUGCGUUAUGACCGCUCAAACCAUCAAGCUCUUGACAGACCUUGGGUGCACCGAAAGGAGAAUUCACUCUGUCCUCCGCCCUGCUCGUGGGUGGCGCUUCCUCGCACCCGACCUCCAAGUUCUCCGCGAGGGAGUUACCUUUCCCGGAUGCGCGCCAGGUGAAACCGCCUACCACUGCGCGGAGGGUUCCCUGCUGCGCACCCUCCGCUGCGAAUUUCUCCGCUUUGGUGGCACGGUUGAAUGGGGCACUCGGGCGUACGACGCCUUCGAGAACAAUGACGGCAGCGAUACGUGGGGCCUGCGCAAGGACUACGGUUUGGGCGCCAACGCCGAGGCUAUUUUAACCAUGGCAAAGUCCACCCCGCUCUCGGAAAUGCUGAUCGCCCCGGACCCAAGCAGGAUCGCAGUCCUGUUUGACGUGGAGAAGGGUGUGCGCAAGAUGCCCGUCGCGGAGGUGAAUGCACUUUUUGGCCAGAACUGCGAUGUUGCCAUUGUGGUUGGCAACGGUGUCGCGAUGCACUGCUGGAGGUGCGGUGCGGCGGAGUGCGCGUGGCGGCUGGUUUGCAACGCUUCCAAGCAGGUGUGCGUGGAGGACCGCCUGGACGGAGUCCACGACUUGCUCAAAGAGGUUGUUUUGAGCUCCGAGAAACGGGAAAGUGCGGUUUGCGCACUUCCUGGCACCACGCCUGCCAUCAAAGACAACGCCACCCAUUUCCGUGUGGGUCUUCUUGGCGACGGACUUCUGCCCGUGGACCCAUUUGAAUGGCGUGGCGACAACGCGCGCUGCAUGGUGGAGGAAGCCUCCACCGUGUGCCGCCUCUUCUAUGGCAAAAAGUACCACCGAGGCGAUGUUCCGUCGUUGCUGCGUGGGGCGGAGCAGGACUCGAUUUCCAAGCGCGCCAAUCUGUUGCAGCGUGAUUUGCACGACGCGGAGCACUUUCUGGCAGUUCAUCCCCAGCUGGAAAGCGAGCCUUCUGCACCGGAAGCACGCUGCGUCGGCGUGUGA